CACACCCACAGCAGGAGCGCGCACUGCCAGCCGGGCGGCUUUUCUCCUGGUGGCAUCUGACCAAGUGAGCAGCAGGGGAGAUCUUGUCUUGCUCGCUCCCUUCAUCUCCGUGCCGCCCACCUGGUAGUGGAGAGGCAGCCGAAUGGGCAGAGUCGAAGCUAGGGAAGGAAAUAUGAGCCACCUGGACUCCGAGGGAGAAGCUGAGCACCUCCAGGACUUGGGAUGGUAUCAUGGCAAUCUCUCUCGACAUGCAGCAGAAGCACUACUUCUCUCGAAUGGAAGUGAUGGAAGUUACCUCUUAAGGAAUAGCAAUGAGAAGAUUGGUCUAUACUCUCUUUCAGUGAGAGCCAAAGAAUCUGUCAAACACUUUCACGUAGAAUACACAGGCUAUUCGUUCAAGUUUGGCUUUAACGAGUUCUCUAGUUUGAAGGAGUUUGUCAAUCAUUUCGCAAACCAGCCUUUGAUUGGGAGCGAAACAGGCACUUUGAUUGUUCUGAAACAUCCCUAUCCAUGCCAAGUGGAAGAGCCAUCCAUCUACGAAUCGGUCAGGGUUCACACAGCAAUGCAGACGGGAAGGACAGAGAGUGACCUGGUGCCCACAGCUCCUUCACUGGGCACCAAAGAAGGAUACCUAACGAAACAAGGGGGACUAGUGAAGACUUGGAAAACCAGGUGGUUCACUUUGCAUAGGAAUGAAUUGAAAUACUUCAAAGACCAAAUGACACCAGAGCCAAUUCGGACACUAGAUCUAACAGAAUGCUCGGCUGUGCAGUUUGAUUACACACAGGAAAAAGUCAACUGUUUCUGCUUAGUAUUUCCAUAUAGGACUUUUUAUUUAUGUGCAAAAACAGGAGUAGAAGCGGAUGAGUGGAUUAAGAUACUACGAUGGAAAAUGUCACAAAUAAGAAAGCAGUCGGAACAGGAUGGUGGCACCAUGAGGUCUCACUCCUUCUUUUAUAAGCAGCCCCUUUCUGGCAAGUGAUGCCCGUUCUCCCCCAGAGGCAGGCUGCUCCACAAUGUUGUAAAUGCUGGUGGACUUAGGAGGAAAGCUAACUCCAAGGACAAAUAACAGAUGACUGGGUGUGUUUUUUGAGAGUGUGACACGUUGGCCAAGCCACGGAAAUGGCUGUCCUGUUCAGAUACUACUAUCUCCUGGAGUUCGCACACUCAAAUCAUCAUUUUGGUGGAAACGUGCACUUGAUAAUAAUAAAAAUAGUUCACUUUUAUCCAGCCCUUGAAGUUUUGCAAAGCGCUCAACACAUUCUCUCAUUUCAUCCUCGCAACACUCCCGUGAAGCAGGUGCUACUAAUCUCCCCAUUUUUCAGAUGAGAAAACUGAGGCUCCGAGUUCUUUGACUUGCCCAGAUUCAUGCAGUCAGUCAUUUGUCUGAGGCAGAAUUUGAAUUUAGGGCUUCUGGACUAUACUCUAUCUGCUACAUAAUGUUGCCUUAAAACUUUGGAUGCCUAUAGUGAUUUCAUUGUUACGACACAAACUUCUCCAAGGGUCAAAUGUGCUUUUCUUUCUAGUUGUAAUUUGCCAAGCUUGGAAAAAUGACAGGCAACAUGUUUUGUAGGCAGUUGAUCUACUACCUAUUAUCUGGGAAUAUGCUACUUUGGGGAACAAAGCUCUUUUCCUUUCAGUGAUGAUAUUGUUGUUCAGUUGCGUCCGACUCUUCAUGAACCCAUUUGGGGUUUUCUUGGCAAAGACACUGGAUCGAUUUGCCAUUUCCUUUCAGCAAAACAAACAUUUAUUGAGCACCUACUGAAUUCUAAGAACUGUAAUGGGAAUUAGAACUAAUAGAUAUCAAAAAUAUUAUUUUGAUGAAAAAAAUUUUUUCAAAUAUUAAAACCUGAAAGAUAACACAAGUAAGUUUAUUGCUUUGAGGUCCACUGUAUUGUCUUUUGUUAAGUACGGUAAAACAAAACAAAGCCAAAGAAACACUUCUUUAUGCUUUUCUAUGGGUAGUUGUCUACAUAGUGGGAAAGUAUAAAGUGUCAGAAAUCAAUAAAUUAAGUAGCAUGUUGCUGGAACUUGACCAUGUCAAAAACAAUGUGUGGCAUGGUGGAAAGUGCACUGGGGUUCAGGAGUUAGAGGGCCUGGGUUCAAAGCCUGCUUAUUGUCUACAUAGUCUUGGGCAAGUGACUGACCUUUCUGGGUCUCAGUUUCCUCCUCUCUAAAACGAGUUUGGCCAGAUGAGGUCCUUUUGAGCUCUAAUGACCCUAUAACCUUAAUUUUGGUAUUAAUCCAAAGACGUUAGGAUUCUUAAGCACUUACAACCUUGUAACAUAGGAACUUAUCUCCAAUGUAGCUUCCUACAAGCUCACACCAGAUUUGCUGUACCACUGUACAAAAGUACAUGCAAGAGAUCCACAAUAAAAACAGGCAUACAGAAUGCUUUAGAGCUAAGAAAAAGCAGAAUGAACUGGGUGGGGAGAGAAUAUAGAGACAGGAAAUGUUGGAUUUAUGGUCCUGGGCAAUCACCUUACCCUUUGUAAAGUGCGGGUUUCCUUGUCCUUUGUAAAGUGAAGGUGUUGGCCUGGAUCUCAAAGGCCUCUUCUAGCUCCAAAAUCUCGUAUUCUAGGAUUCUAAAAGUACUGUUGAAACAAAGCUCAUAGGUUAAGGCUCUAGCCCUCUAUAUUCACUUUGAUGCUUUCCUUUAUUUAGGUAGCAAUCUGAAGGUGAAUUUUGGAAUGAAAAGAUUUUAGUCCAGUGGACUCUUGCUCAGCCUAUACACUGAAACCAGGCUGUGGGUGAGGCCAGGUUGUAUUUUAAGGCUGUUGUUACCUCCUAUUAUUAACUCCCUGAGAGAGAGACUCAGGUUGUAGAGAAUGUUGGAUUCUGCACAUUCAAGCAAAGCUCCAAUGAGGUUUUUUUUGGAUUAUAGUGGAUACUAUGAGAUAACGCAGAUGUUCAAGCUGUACUCAAUUGGGCGAGACUUAAAAGUACAAGAAAUUGAGCAAGCAUGGAUGUAUAUUCACAGAGAAGUUAGCCUUUUUUUUAAAACAUCUAGUUGAUUGGGUCAAAAAGGGAUGAUCUUUACGUGGGGCCAUAAAUGUUUUAGAAUUAACCGUGUGCUAUUUUUAUAGGAUGUUAUGUAUUUAUUUAUAUACUUUUGCUCAGCUUAUUAAAAAUAGCAUUAUUUUCCAA